UUAUUCAAGGCAGUCACUCUCAGUUCCUCACUCCGAUUAUUUAUUUUUAUUUUUAUUGUUUGCGAGUUCAGUGUUUAGGUAACAAGUAACUUGUUUUGUGAAAGUUGUUCAACACUGAAGCGUUUAUUUUGUUAUUUUAUUGUUUUAUUAAUUAAUUUCUUAAUUUAUUAAUAAUGAAGCCGCCACACGAAAACGCGGAAGGAGUUAUCGCACAGUUGUCUCAAGAGGAAGGCGAGAGGAAUGUCGCUACUGCUAUCUGCGUACAAUUGGCUGGACGCGCUAUUAUUAGGGUCGUGUCCAGGUGUGAAGAAGCUCAGGAUAAUUGUAAUUUAGAUUUGUCCGAGUGCCAGCUCAUGCAAGUACCUGACGCUGUCUAUCAUCUUAUGAGACACACGGAGUUAAAGUCCUGCGACUUGUCCGGCAAUGUUAUUACCAAGAUACCUCCUAAGUUCGCGGUCAAGUUUUCGCUGAUCACAGAACUUAAUUUGAGUCAUAAUCAAUUUAGCAAAUUACCUGAGGAACUAGCGGAGCUCCAGGAACUGGAGCGACUGGACAUAUCUCACAACACAUUCAUCUCCUUACCACCUGUGACCUUCAGAAUGCCGCAAUUGAAGCGGCUGCUCGCGAACAACAACUCCAUAAUCGACGUCGACGUGGAUAGACUGAAGCUAGCGCCAUCCUUAGAGCUGGUGGACUUGAGAGAAAACACAAUCCCGCCAAAAAUCUACGACCAGCUUUCAAACUGCAGUUCUUGUAAGAUAGAACUGUCGCCGAGGCAGAUCGAGGAGUGGGAGGACUUGACCGUCUAGGGUUAGGAUAGUUAUUAAUUUAUCAAUAUAUGUGAUAUUUGCUCAAUAGGUCAAUGCAUUUCAUUGACAAGUAUUGUUUUUGUGAUCGUCAAUGCAUUUCACGCUGUGUUGACAAAUAUCACUACCGCUCUUUUUUAGAUAACUCAAAAAUUAAUUGAUAUUUUUUAACCAAGUAAAUUUUAUCUUAAACAUCAAAUCAUCAGCUACAAUUUUUGUCCCAAAAGUUUCUUUUUAUGGCCAAUAGGAACCGAGAUAAACAUUAUU